AUGAAGGCGGGUGUGGGUGUGCGCGAGCAGACCCAAGAAGAGCCGAAUAGUGAAGGGAUGCAUCAGCAAAAAUCACACAAAGAAUUCAUCCAAGGCAUCGCGUUCAGCCUGCCCAUUUAUGAACACAAGUUAACCUCUCUCGCUCUCGCUCUUUCUCUUGCCUGGCGGUAUUUCAGCAUACGCCACACCAAAACACACCACAUUAUACCACACCACACCACACCACACCAUGCUACAUCGCACACCCACACUUGGGGUGACCCGGCUAACUUGUUCGAGAGUGGAGACAGAAGGCCGUCUGCCUUGACGGUGAGCUCACUGGCACGACUAGCCGGCCGCCAACCGGUUAAUACGUCAAGACUGACGAAUUGUGGCAUGACCAGUUAUCUCAUGUAG